AUGGCAGGAAAUUUCACUUUUCCAACAGAAGCCGAAAGUCGUUUCAGAGUGGCAGACCUGGUGAAUGUAACCUGGGAUGUUGUCGCUCCUCUGAUUUCGCUUUACGAGACCUGUGGCAGUAAUGACCGUGCUCAAGAAGAGAGAACAACCAACGAGUAUAGCUACGUGUGGAUAGCGACUCGCAAAAACUACUUAGAGUCUGGCUGUAGCUUCAUGCUCCAGCCGUUCACUACCGAAGGCGAGUCAUAUGGCGACAAUAUUACAGGUAUUCUAUUUGGGGUAUCGAAGAGAUACACAGAUGAUCCAUCACCAGUCUCGUACAAUUUCAUCAAUGCAUCGUCAUCCACGUCUACAGGCUCCACGAAAGCAACUUCCACGUCUCUCGCUACCUCGGCUAGUGUCGAAUCUAUAUCAUACCCAACGACUACGUCAACUCCUAAGUCUAGCCAUGGCAUGUCGAAGACGAGUAAAAUUGGAAUCGGCCUUGGUGUUCCUUUAGGCGUUUUGUUGGUAGCUGUCUCUAUGGGCGCGCUCAUCUUCUAUCGGCGGAAAUGUCGCCAGAAAGAAACUCAGGGGGUGUCUGUUACAAAUCCGCCAAAUGAUGAACUGGCUCCACUUCCUAUGAUUUGGUAUAAAGAGCCUCAUCAUACGCGUCUGUCACAGACGGAGACAGUGGCUUCUUCCCUCUCGAAACUGUCAAACGAUAAUCAAAGAUCGGAAGGGACAGACAGACGGCUAAGUGAAUUAAUGUCUACUGAACGAGUGGAGAUAGGCUGA